AUGGCGACUCUUUCAAUUAGCGGUCUUCAGUCCUCGCUGGAGAAGCUCAGCCUCGAUACUCCCCUUCCUUCGUUCCCUGUUGCUGAGGUGCUGGUGCGCCCGCUCGACAUCUUUCGGUCUUACAUAGCUCAAAUCGUGGCUGAGGUUGUAGAAUGCGACUCAGCGGUUGCCUAUGAGGCUAUUCAGUCGACGGCCGCCAUCUCCAUGGGUGACCUCGCUAUUAUCCUGCCACGACUCAAGAUAAAGGCAAAUGGGGAUGCUGCAGCCGCGCUACUUGACAAGUUCCCCAAGUCCCCAUUAUACACGUUCCCUUUUGUCGACGGUGUCCACAUUCGCAUAUUUUCUCACCCAUUUUUCCUGCCCAGGCUCUUAUUACCUUUCAUUGCCGACCGCAAGGAACUAUAUGGUGGGGAUGAUUCAUGUGGCCUGCGAGAUCAUUCGUCUCCGGACUCCGGGCGCAAGAAGGUCAUCGUCGAGUUUUCAUCACCCAACAUCGCGCAAGAAUUCGAAGGCAGACACCUUCGCAGCACAAUUAAUGGCGCUUCCAUUGCCAACUUACAUGAGCGGAUGGGCUGGGAGGUAGGCCGACUCAACUUCUUGGGUGACUGGGGUAAGAACAUUGCCCUUCUCGCCGUCGGCUGGAACAAGUUCGGCUCUGAGGAGGCUUUUGCCAAAGAUCCCAUUCGUCACCUUCUCGAUGUCCACAAUCAGAUCAACGAGCUAUUCAAGCCUGAGCAAGAAGCUAGCACGAAGGCCAAAGAUGAAGGAAAAAACACAGCAGAGAUCGAAUCACAAGGCAUCUACGCCGAACGCGAUGCCUUCUCUAAGAAGUGGGAGGAAGGAGAUGCCGAUGCGCUAGCUUUGACCACAAGGUUCCGCAACGUCUAUGUCGAAGACUACACCAAAGCAUACGCUCGUCUCGGCAUCAAGUUCGAUGAAUAUGCCGGCGAGUCUCAGGUCACGUCGGAUUCGAUUGCCGAAGUCGAAACAAUCCUGAAGGAGAAGGGAAUCUCUGAAGAGAGUGAUGGUUCGUGGCUCAUCGACUUUAAAAAGCAUGGCGCAAAAGGUCUCGGCACUGGUAUGAUCCGGAACCGCACCGGCACAACCAUGUAUUUCUCUCGCGACCUGGCCGCAGUCCUCGACCGUGAGAAGAAGUUUUCUUUCGACAAGAUGAUCUACGUCGUCGCAUCUGAACAAGACUCUCACUUCCGCGGCGUGAUAAAAGCGCUCGAGCUUAUGGGGAGGGAGGAUCUUGCCAAGAAGAUCCAACACGUCAACUUUGGCAAGGUCCAGGGCUUGUCAUCCCAGCUAGGCAACGCCCACCUAUUGGGAGACAUGCUGAACCAAUGCGCCAACGCCGUCAAAGACGCCAUGGCGAUGGAGCAGAACACCGGAGCCCCUCUUGCCGCCGCAGAGCCUUUCGGCAUCACAUCACUUCUUGCGCAAGAUAUGCACACCAAGCGCAGCAAUGGCUACGCAUUCGAUAGCAAGAAGAUGACUGAGUUCGAGGGCGAGACAGGCGCUGCUCUUCAGCUGCAUUACACUCGACUUUGCCUGACCAUCAAGGAGCUUGGCGCUGAUCCGACUGCUCUCGGAGAGGUCGACUAUAAGCAUCUCGAGGAGGAAGAGUACACGAACCUAUUGAGACUCAUGGCACAGUACCCUGAUGUUGUCAACGCCGCAUACAAGACGCUCGAACCCUCAGCUGUAUUGACAUUCCUGUAUCGGCUGGCCGAGCAGUUGGUGAUUUGUCUUGAUGACGACGAGGGUGAGGAUGAAGACGAGGAAGAAGAGACUACCGAUGACCCGGCACUUGACCUUGCACGAGCGGUGCUGUAUGAGAAUGCAAGACAGGUCUUUGAGAAUGGUAUGAAGGUCCUCGGUAUCAGCCCUCUGUCAUCUUGA